GUUCGCCGCGGUGCCUACGAGAGACGUGCAGGAGUCGGCGCUGAUGGGGACGAGCCCUGUGAAUCCACUGGACGUGCUCGUGAUGCGUGGAGCACUGGAUGCGGCGUCGCGCUCGACGCGGCGACGAGAGGGCUGAGGGUUGGCCUUGUUGAGCGAGAGGAUUUCUCGUCGGGGACCUCCUCGAGGUCCACGAAGCUGAUCCAUGGAGGGGUCCGUUAUUUGGAAAAGGCAGUAUUCAAUCUAGAUUAUGGGCAGUUGAAACUUGUAUUCCAUGCACUUAAGGAGCGUAAACAGGUUAUUGAGAAUGCUCCGCACUUAUGCCAGGCUUUGCCUUGCAUGACACCAUGCUUUGAGUGGUUUGAAGUUCUUUAUUACUGGGCGGGCCUAAAAAUGUACGAUCUUGUUGCUGGUCGAAGAAUGCUGCAUUUAUCUAGAUACUAUUCUGCAGAUGAAUCGAUUGAACUUUUCCCUACUCUGGCGAGAAAAGGUCAUGACAGAAGUUUGAAAGGAACAGUGGUUUAUUAUGAUGGGCAGAUGAACGAUUCUCGGCUGAAUGUAGGAUUAGCUUGCACUGCUGCCUUAGUUGGUGCUGCGGUGCUUAACCAUGCAGAAGUUAUUUCCAUUAUAAAAGAUGAUGCUGGUGAUCGGAUAAUUGGUGCACGUAUCCGAGAUAAGAUAUCAGGCAAAGAGUUUGAUACAUUUGCAAGAGUUGUUGUAAAUGCGGCCGGGCCAUUUUGCGAUGCUGUACGAAAAAUGGCUGACAAAGAUGCUCCACCUAUGAUUUCUCCAAGUAGCGGUGUGCACAUUGUGCUUCCUGAUUAUUACUCCCCUGAGGGAAUGGGACUAAUUGUACCAAAAACAAAAGAUGGCCGUGUUGUAUUCAUGCUGCCCUGGUUAGGAAGAACAAUUGCAGGGACUACAGAUUCUAAUACUCCCAUUACUAUGCUUCCGGAACCACAUGAAGAUGAAAUACAAUUUAUAUUGGAUGCCAUCUGUGAUUACCUUAAUGUUCAGGUACGACGUGGAGAUGUACUUUCAGCUUGGAGUGGUAUCCGCCCUUUGGCAAUAGAUCCAUCAGCAAAGAACACUGAGAGUAUUUCUAGAGACCAUGUUGUGUGCGAAGAUUAUCCUGGUCUAGUAACAAUUACUGGUGGAAAAUGGACAACUUACAGAAGCAUGGCUGAAGAUGCGGUGAAUGCAGCUGUAAGGUCAGGAAAGUUGAAGCCGGCUAAUGGUUGUGUGACUAACAACCUGCAUAUUGUUGGGGGAAACGGUUGGGACCCUGCAUCCUUCACUGUACUCGCACAGCAAUAUGUACGCAUGAAGAAAUCAUAUGGUGGAAAAAUUAUUCCUGGAGUUAUGGACAGUUAUAUUUCUAAGCAUUUGUCACAUGCAUAUGGUACGAUGGCUGAAAGAGUGGCAACCAUAGCUCAGAAUGAGAACCUUGGGAAGCGGCUUGCUCAUGGAUACCCUUUUCUAGAGGCUGAGGUUGCAUACUGUGCUCGGAAUGAAUAUUGUGAAUCUGCUGUUGACUUUGUUGCCAGGAGAUGUAGGCUUGCUUUCCUGGACACUGAUGCCGCUGGCAGAGCAUUGCCACGAAUUAUUGAGAUACUGGCUUCUGAGCACAAGUGGGAUAAGGCGAGGAAAAAACUUGAGUUCCAAAAGGCCAAACAAUUUUUAGAAACCUUCAAAUCAUCUAAAAAUGCACAGUUUCACGAUGGAAAACAUACAGGGUCAUGAGUCGAAUAAUACUUGAUUUUUACGGUGGUAACCUAGUAUGGGCCCAUGGAUAGACUUCUCCGACAAAUUGGUGGAGGAACAGUUUAAUUCUUUUGCUGCUGUGGAAACUUAAUUUCUUUUUUUAUUUUAUUUAAAUUUAAACUUAUCAUUCUGGAUGUUAAAUGGUGGUUGAUGUAACUACCUCAAAAUAGAAAAAGGAAACACCAUGAACCCCCAAUAAUUUUUUGGCAGCCGUAUAGUACCAUGGAGCUCUUUACCAGUGUAACCACCAAAUAAAUUUUCUGCUUUGAUGUGUUACAAAUUCGUCACUGUUGAUACUUUUCAGUAUUUGAGAUGAGAGAUGACAAACCUCUUGCGCC